GUCAGAACCGCAAUUAAUAUAGCUGUAAAUAGUAAAAUGGGAAUUUCUCCUCUACUCCGGAAGCUAACGCUUCCGGUGAGUUUAAAGCGAUAAUAAACAGUAUGGAGAACGAACCUUAUGUAGCUGAUUGUCCCGAAAUGAGUGCCUCACCCGAAGAAAGUAUUGGAAUCGAGCCUGAACUGCCCGAGGUGAUAGUAGAGAUAAAAGAGGAAGUUGUAGAUCAGGACUGUGUACAGGAACAAACGGGGCGAAAACGGCAAAAAGCGCCCCGAAAAGGGAUACCAGUAAAAAGGGUAAAACCAUCUAACACACCUGAACCAAACACGUGUAGCGAAAAGGACUUUAGGCACCUUUUAGAAACGGUUAAGUCGAAAACAGGAGGCAAGAGUGCUUCCAUACAAUUGUGGCAAUUUUUGGUGGGGUUGUUAUCUGUGCCUGAAAAUAAGGAGUGCAUUAGAUGGACGGGUAACGGUUUGGAGUUUAAAUUAGUGGAUCCUGCUGAAGUGGCUAGAAGAUGGGGUUCCGUUAAAAAUAGACCAAAUAUGAAUUACGAGAAAUUAAGCAGGGCUUUUAGGUAUUAUUAUGAAAAAGGGAUCAUGCAAAAAGUUUCAGGUGGAGUAUAUGUGUACAAAUUCGUCUGUGACUCACAAAUUAUAAUAAAUUUAAUGAACGACCUACGUGAUGAUUUCAUAGAAAUGUUAAAUUAUACUCCCACAAACGGAUUACCUAAGAUACUAUAAUAGUUUUGUUAUGGAUAUACAAAGAUUUAUUAAAAAAUUUAAAGAAAAAGGGUAAAUAAAUAAUGUUAAGGUAAAUAAACUUCAAUAUUUUAAGAUCUCAAGCACCUGUUGUAUAAUCAAGAAUUGUUGUUUAUUUUAUUGUAAAGAACUAUUUUGAAAAUAUUGAAGUUGUAUAUUUUUCUUGUAUAUAUAAAUAAAUAAUGUAUGGAUGGGGUUUAUAUUUGACUAUAUAAAAUAUAAUUUUAUGAAAAAA